AUGCUGGAGCGGUUGGGCCUGGGGAAGCGUCCCGGGGCUGCAGGGGACCCUGGCCCAGAGGCCGUCCUCCGCAGGCCUCGUCCCUCGCCAGCGUGGUCGGCAGCCGCUUGUGUCCCUCGUCCUCCCGCUCCCGGCAUCUGCCUCUCGGAGAAGAGGGGGAGCACAGACAGCAGCCUUCUCUUCCUCCGCCCUCCGUCCCCCUGGUCUGGGCAGUGUGAAGGAGAGGCUCGGCUCGGCUCGGCUCUGCUGCAGAGCGCUGCCGGCGCUUUGGCUCGCACGGGGCUCUGCCGGCUGCUCGCACAGAGCCGGGCUGCUCCUGCCGUGUGCGAGCAGCGUCUGGUCUGCAAUUCCCGUCAGCCCAACACCGCAGCCGGUGCUGAGGAUGAGGUUCACAAUGACGAGGACGAAAAUUUCACUGUCAAGACCAUCAGGAAGGGCACUGGGGCCAUCCUCUUGUUGGCCUGUUCUUCCUCUGCACUGGGCAAUGUCGAAUCGCGAAAACUUGCACUCUCCGUCUGCGUGCUGCUGAAGUCAGGCCUGGCCCGCCCAUCAGAGCUGGCGUUCGUCCUGGAGCCCAGCGACGUGAUCGCCGUCCGUGACCGCCCGCUGCUUCUGCACUGCCAGGUGGAGGGCGAGGCGCCGCUCACCAUCACCUGGUACCGGAACGGAGCCCCCCUCUCCAACGACAGCCACGCGGCCGUCUUGGCCAACGGCUCCCUGCGCCUGGACAGCGUCCACCGGAGGCCGCGAGGGGGAGGCUCCGCCGACGCAGCUGCCAACGCCAGCGACUCGAGCGCCGGGGAGUACAGCUGCGCUGCCCAGAACCGCUAUGGCCUCCUGGUCAGCCGCAGGGCCCGAGUGCAGAUAGCCACGUUGUCCAAAUUCCACAUGCACCCAGAGUCUAUGGCGGUCGAAGAAGGAGGUGUCGCCCGUUUCCAGUGCUUCAUCCAGGGAGUCCCUGAAGCCUCCAUAACGUGGGAGCGGAACCGCACGGCCCUGCAGACCGACGACUACCGGUUCACCCUGCUGCCCACCGGCAUCCUGCAGAUCACGGGCGUGAGGCACUCGGACGUGGGCACCUACCGGUGUGUGGCGAGCAACAUUGCCAACACGCGCUACAGCCAGGAGGCCGCGCUGAGCAUCAGCGGUGAGCUCUCGGCCCCCAAGCUCUACAACGAGCCGGUGAUUCUGUCCGGCCCCCAGAAUCUGACCAUCACAGUGCAUCAGACGGCCAUCUUGGAGUGCAUCGCCACAGGCAACCCCCAGCCGAUCGUGUCCUGGAGCCGCCUGGACGGACGUUCCAUCGGCGUCGAAGGAAUCCAGGUCUUGGGCACUGGCAACCUCAUGAUCUCGGACGUGUCGGUGAAGCACGCCGGCGUUUACGUCUGUGCCGCCAAUCGGCCCGGCACGCGCGUGCGCCGCACGGCACAAGGCAUCCUGAUGGUGCAAGCCCCACCGGAGUUCGUGCAAUGGCCACAGUCCAUUUCCAAAUCGCUGGGCAGCAGUGCCAUUUUCACCUGCGUGGCACAAGGUGUUCCGGAGCCCCACCUGAUCUGGCUGAAGAACGGCAAAGUCCUGGCCCCCGGCGAAAAUGUCAAGCUCACACGCAACAACAGCACCCUCAUGAUCCAAAGGAUCACUCCGGGGGACGAGGCCAUCUACCAGUGCAUCGCCCAGAACAGCGCGGGCACCAACCAGGCCAGCGCCCGGCUGGCCGUGGCCCUGUCCAAGGAGCUGCCCAGCUCCCCCGAGGGAGUCCAGGCCACCACGCUCUCCACCACCUCCAUCCAGGUGUCCUGGCUGGAGCCCCCCAUGGAGGUGACGGAGGCCAUCAUCGGCUACGUGCUGCACAUCCGCAAGGCGGGAGAAUCCGACAGCCGGGAGCUCCAAGAGGCGGUCAGCAAAACGACCUUCCAGCACGUCUUCACCAACCUGGAGCCGUCCACGACCUACUCCAUCUACCUGAAGGCGUAUUCGCCGCUGGGAGCCAGCCAGGAUUCAAGGCCCAUCCUGGCCACCACGCUGGGCAGCAUCCCGGCAGCACCGGGCUUCUUCACCAAGAUCCUGAAUGCCAGCGCCAUCCACGUCUUCUGGGAGCUCCCGGCCCGGCCGGGCCAGAUCGAGGGCUUCAAGCUGUACCUGCGCAAGCUGCCCGGCACCCACUACGAAGGACCCCAGCUGCUGCCUGGCACGGCCAACUCCUUCACGUUCGGCGACUUGGAGCCCUCCGCUACUUACGAGAUCAAACUCCAGGCCUUCAACGGGAACGGCGACGGCAACAGCAGCGUGAGAUUUGUCUCGCUCAAGGAGAACUCUGAGCGGCUGGACGCCAACUCGGUUUGCCAGUGCAGCCAGGACGGAGAAACCUCCCUCGCCGGCAUCGUGGUUGGGGUCCACAUCGGCAUGGCCUGCAUCAUAUUCUGUGUCCUCUUCCUUAUGUUCGGCUACCGCAAGAGGUGA